UGCUGAAUUGUGAUUGGGCGACCCAAGGAUCCAGGAACACUCGCCUAGGACUCCCGCACAGACAGCAUUUCUCCAGAACGUUAAUGAGACGUGAAACCUCUGCGUGAAACGGGGCUGAGCUAAGGUUGGAAGUAAACCAAGAUGGCCGCCUUCAUAGUACGGAUGGGGCCUGUGUUGAUGUUGUGGCUGGCAGUCUGUGUCAGUGGUUCCUGGGCCGUGGACCGGGGCAACUUCAAAACCUGCGACCAGAGUACUUUCUGCAAGCGUCAGAGAGCGUUGAAGCCUGGCCAAUCCCCAUACAGGGCCCUACUAGAGACCUUGGAGCUCACCAACACCAAACUCACCUUGCAGCUCAUCAAUGACAAUAACAAGGUGCGUCUGCUGCUGGAGCUCUACCGUCUCCAGGGCAACAUGACCCGGGUGAAGAUAAACGAGCUGAAGCCGCUGAAGCCUCGUUUCGAGGUCCCAGACGUGCUCAUCAACGACCCCCCCACUGAGCCACUAUCUCUGCUGUCUCAGGAUGAAAACGGGAUGGUUCUGUCUCUGGGAGCAGACUCUCAGCGGCUGAUCGUCAGCGCUAAGCCAUUCCGAUUGGACAUAAUGGAGGGGCGCGAGGUUCUUCUUUCGCUCAACUCCCGUGGCCUGCUGGCCUUUGAACAUUUACGGAUCCGCAAGGACACUCUGGCAGACCCAGAAGGAGCUGAGAAGAAAGAAGAAACCGAUGCUGCCAGUGAACAGACAGAAGGAGAGGAGGCCACCAAGGAGGAUGAGAAAGUAGAAGAUGGAAUGUGGGAGGAGACUUUCAAGUCACACACAGACAGCAAACCAAAUGGCCCAACCUCCAUCAGUCUGGACUUCUCUCUACCGGGAGUGGAGCAUGUCUACGGCAUUCCCGAACACGCAGACACUCUCAAACUCAAAACCACUGACGGAGGGGAACCAUACAGGCUGUAUAAUCUGGAUGUGUUCCAGUAUGAGCUGUUCAACCCCAUGGCCCUCUACGGUGCCAUCCCUGUCAUGCUGUCCCACAGCCCGCAGCGCACCAUGGGCCUGUUCUGGCUCAACGCUGCCGAAACCUGGGUGGACAUCAGUUCCAACACAGCUGGCAAAACAGUGUUUGGACAGAUGCUGGACUAUGUUCAGGGCUCCAGUGAGACACCACAGACUGAUGUGCGUUGGAUCUCAGAGAGCGGCAUCAUCGAUGUCUUCAUCAUGCUUGGACCCACUCCCACCGACGUCUUCGCACAGUACGCCUCGCUAACAGGUACCCAGGCAUUCCCUCCCCUGGCCGCGCUGGCCUACCACCAGUGCCGCUGGAACUACAACGACCAGGAGGAUGUGGCGGCUGUGGACCAGGGCUUCGACCAGCACGACAUCCCCUACGACUUCAUCUGGCUGGACAUCGAGCAUGCGGACGGCAAGCGCUACUUCACCUGGGACCCUCACAAGUUCCCCCAGCCCAAAGAAAUGCUCCAGGGACUGGAAGACAAGAGACGCAAGAUGGUGGCGAUUGUGGAUCCCCACAUCAAGGUGGACAACAGCUACAAGAUCCACAGUGAGAUUCGUUCCCGAGGCUUCUACAUCAAAAACAAAGAUGGUGGCGACUACGAGGGCUGGUGCUGGCCUGGUAAUUCUGGUUACCCAGACUUCACCAACCCUGAAAUGAGAGCGUGGUGGGCCAGUAUGUUUGCCUACGAUCAGUAUGAGGGCUCCAGGGAGAACCUGUACACGUGGAACGACAUGAACGAGCCGUCAGUGUUCAAUGGACCGGAGGUCACCAUGCACAAAGACGCCGUGCACGGGAACUGGGAGCACCGUGACCUGCACAACAUCUACGGACUAUAUGUGCAAAUGGCCACGGCGGAGGGUUUGAUCCAGCGUUCAGGGGGAGUGGAGCGGCCGUUCGUCCUCACUAGGGCCUUCUUCGCUGGCUCCCAGCGUUACGGCGCUGUGUGGACUGGGGAUAACGCCGCCGAGUGGGACCAUCUGAAGAUCACCAUCCCCAUGUGUCUCAGUCUGGGCCUGGUCGGUGUGUCUUUUUGUGGAGCGGACGUGGGGGGCUUCUUCAAGUCUCCCAGUCCGGAGCUCCUGGUGCGUUGGUACCAGACUGGAGCGUACCAGCCCUUCUUCCGUGCCCACGCCCACCUGGACACUCCGCGCCGGGAGCCCUGGCUGUUCGGCCCUGAGAACACGGCUCUGAUCCGGGAAGCUGUCCGUCAGCGCUACGCCCUCCUGCCCUACUGGUACCAGUUGUUCUACCACGCCCACCGGACUGGACAGCCGGUCAUGAGAGCCCUGUGGGUGGAGUAUCCUCAGGACACAGCCACAUUCUCCAUGGACGACCAGUUCCUCCUGGGGAGAGAUCUGCUGGUGCACCCUGUGACCGAGGAGGGGGCGCGGGGCGUGACCGCCUACCUGCCUGGAAACGGAGAGGUCUGGUUCGACGUCCACACUUUCCAGAAGCACAACGGCGGGCAGAACCUUUACAUCCCUGUCACCAUGAGCUCUAUUCCGGUAUUCCAGCGCGGUGGUUCCAUUAUUCCCAGGAAGGUUCGGGUCAGGAGGUCUUCCUCUUGCAUGGAACACGACCCGUACACCUUAUAUGUUGCACUCAGCCCCAAGAGGUUUGCCCAGGGUGAACUCUACAUAGAUGAUGGCCACACCUUCAGUUAUGAAAAGCAGAAGGAGUUCAUCUACAGAAGACUUGCCUUUGCCAAUAACACCUUGUCUUCCAGGAAUCUAGCCCCUGGCUCCCAGUUCACCACUCUCUCCUGGAUUGAGAAGAUUGUCAUUUUGGGGGCCAGUAAGCCAAGCAAGGUCACCCUCAAGAUGCCUGACGGUAAGGAGAGCCAGCUGGAGUUUGACUUCGAUGCGUCCAUGUCAGUGUUAACCCUUCGCAAGCCGGGUGUCAACGCAGGGGUGGACUGGACGGUGGUGCUCCAGUAACCACGGAGAUGAGAAAGGGAGAGAGGGGGAACGACUGAACCUGACUGAACAGGAAAUGAGGACUGGUUGGACAUGGGCUACAAUCUGAACACACCAAGCUAGAUACCGAAGGACUGCUUUAAUGUGUUAGACAGACUGGACGAGUGAGGUAGAACUACAAACACACUUGCACGCUUCAUUACACACUUUGAAACACAAAAACAGGUGGACUAGGCUUGGGCCUGUUGAUCCGAAUCAUGGUUAGAGCUAGGCCUCUGUUACAUCUUCCUUUAAGACAAACUAAUGGCUAGUCAAAUUACACAUGGGUUACUAGGUAGGUUGUUUUAUUUUUUAUUUUUUUUGUUUAUGGAAAAACAAAUUCUCAAUUAAAAUAUCAUGUUUGGGUGUAUUGAGGUUUAUGUCCAAUAGAUAAUUUUUUAUUUCUGUCAUUAAAUGUGAAAGAUCACGGAAUACAUACGCUGACAACAAAAUUAAUGUGCACAUUCAGAUAGACAAGGAUCUAUUCUGGUUAGUAUUUGUUAAUUCCUUGUCUAGCCAUUUCUAUUGACUUUAAAUGUUUUGACUUGUUUUCAUUCCAACGACCUCUGUAAGUACUCAAGAGAAAUCAACAGGAAAGCCACAUGUCUCCCUUUAUUUUCCUCAACUUUUGUGCCACAUUUUAUUCAGGUUUUAUUUGAAGGAAACUACCAACCAACAAUGCUUUGCUCAUCUAAGAAGACCUGUACAUUCCAUAAUUUUUUUUUGAUAUUGCCAUGACCUUUUUUGAGUUUGAGCUGUUUGUUUCCAGCUUUAAGGUUACUCAUUCCUUCAUAGCUUGUCAGUGAAAACAUUUGAGAUAACAAACUAUUGUUGAAUAUGCUGAUUACAAGACUUUACACACAUGGUUGUGAACUACUGAAACAAAAGGAAAUUGGCUUAUUAGAUUUGCUCAUAUUUGGCAGGUCUUCAGGGGUUAAAAUCACUGCCUUUUUUAAGCUUAUCCUAAAACCAUGUUUUCCAUUUUGUUUCCACAUUGUUUCAGUAUGGUUUUGACUUCAUGAGGUUUCAUUUGUUUACUUGAUUAUUGAAUUCACUUGAAGAGAGGAAGGUGGGAGCUUUUUGUGUAGAUUGAAAGGCCCAGUUUUUGGUGUAUUGUGGGAUGGGUGCCAGAUCAUGGUCCAGUGUAUUCACAGUCUUUAUAUUGUUGAAAUAAAUUGUCAAAAUGUAACUGUGACCUAGGAAAUAUAUAUUGUUUACAAAUAUGCAGUGGAUUCCCUGGAGGCAAUGGACCGGUCCUGGUUAGUCAAAUUAUUGUUGGGUUAUUCUAUUACCCUACCCUCCUUGGUGAUAAGGCAUUUUGAUUAUUUCUUUCUUGAUUUAUGUGGUUGAGAAUUUACAAUCUUACUCCAACAUUCUCAGGAAUUGUUCUUAGGUGUUGGAACUUGGAUACUGAGAUGGUUUUGUGCUAAGACUGACAAAGUGGUAAUAAACUUGACCAACUUUAAGAGGGUAUUGUUGUUUUUAGUUAUGUGGCUUACUUAGAUUAGGUAGGGAUGAUAAUAAAACUGUAAAUUCCCAA